UUUUAGAUGUAAAAAAUAAUGAUUUGAAUUAGAAUAUAAAUUGGCUGUGAUGAUGUAUAUAUCUUUAAUUCUUGUUGUCAUCAAUGUUCUUUUAUCAGUGGCAGCCCUUGAUGCACCUUCACAGUUCAAAAAUGAAGAACAGCAUCAGACAAGCCUCACAUUUACUUGGAAACCUCCAUAUAAAGGAGGCCUUAAAAACAAAACUUCAUUUAGCAUUGAUAACAAUACCUUAUUAAGUAUUGACAAUACCUUGUUAAGUAUUGACAAGUAUUACAUUGAGUGUGCAAGAAGAAAUGACAGAGAAAUUGUGGUGGCAGAGUUUUCGGGAAGUACAACAAGAGGAACAGUUGAUGGACUAGCUGUAUAUAGUAUCUACUCUUGCAAGAUUCAAGCUACAUUAGGAGGGUCCUGGAGUAGGGUCAUCCAUUACUCAAAGAACAUUAAAAGGAGGCUAGACAUGGCAAAAAAUAAUUUAAACACAAUCAGACAAUCUAUAGCUCCAUGCAUGCAACCACUCGGAAUGGAAAAUAGUAUCAUACCUGAUAACAGAUUAACUUUGUCUAAUUUUUCUUUCAUUGGUAUGAAAAUUUCUAAUGCUCGAUUAAACAGUCCAUCCAUGUGGUGCAGUAGAUAUGCUUACGUACAAAUUGAUUUGGGAAGAAUUAUGACAAUUACUGGUCUUGUGAUACAAGGUGAUACGCAAGGGGUGGCAAAUGUGAACAUCAAGUAUGGUAUAACAGAUCCAAAUGAUUACCACAUGUUAAUAAGUUAUCAAAAGUAA